AUUGACUGGAAUCAUGAAGCGUGUUUUGGGACAGUAACAGCACAACGUCAUUGGUGAGACCCCGUGUUGUUUGUAAACGUCAAAGCAUGAAAGUAAGCAUAUGCAAAUCAGCAGUGUGUGAGUGUGUGUGUAACCACAACGUCUGUGCUUCACUUGAGCCGAUGGCAAGAGAGACUUCUGCCUUAUUGAUUCGUUGGUUUGCUUUCGCCCUCUCUUUGUUUCCCUUUCUCGUAACUUUUUUUUUAAAAAAAGACGUGGAUCAGAGGGCUUUCCUUUUAUUUUUUUUCCUUUGCUCUUUAACUUUCCUUUUACUUUUACAAAAGCCUUUUUUUUACAAAGAAGCCAAUGAUGAGCGGUCAAUUCACAUCAAGGCACCGUUAUCCGCAUCUGUUGUUUGGUCGUGCGCCAGAUUACAAAAAACGAUCCUGCCUUGACGAUGGGCCUUCCAAAGCAUUGACUGGGACCAACAUCCAUCAUGGCGACAGCAAGGUCGUUCAGAACAGUAGCUGGGCCAUGACUCGAGAACAAUGUCAUGGCACAGUAACUUCUGCGGCUCUUGAUCCCCUUAUGCUUCUGCCUCCUUUGUCCAAAGCGAUGGGCGGUUCAUCGUCACCACCAUCGUCGUCAUACUUUGCCAACAGCAGCAGCAGCAGCAGCGAGCAGCAACCUGGUGAGCUCCCGCAGCCAACACCACAAGAUUAUGAAAAACACGCGUACAACGGCAAAAUCAGCAACGACGGCCCCUUUGAUUUUCUCGACACGCCAAAAGGGAUCGCAAAGAUGCAGCAGGAGCGCGACAUGCUUUUCCAAACGCACCCUUGUUCUUUGGAGGAGCCAGAAACACCUGUUGACCAGCACCACGGUCCUAAGCCGCUAACACCUGUUCAGGACUGGUGGCAAAACUUAUGGUGUGUUGGAUGUACACUGCAGCCAUCAUCCAUGUUACCGCUUCACAGCAAUAACAAUGAGGGUGAGUCGUCGUUAUCCUACAACAGCCUGUUCAGCAGUGUUGUGCCUUUCACGACUCCAUCGACCAUGAACACCACUGAUGAGCACCGUCCAGCAACAACGGCUAGUGGAACAGAUAUUGGCAACAAGAACAAAAUUGAUUGUCAACAAGGUUCAUGGUCUCAAAUGGUGGGUCAUUCUAUACGACCAUCAACGGCUGCUACGACAUGUAGCAAUCGCACAGGAGGUUCAAAAAAGCGUGUACCGGCCUCGCCUUUGGUGUCUCACUCCUCUGUAUCCUCCAUGGAAGAUGACGUCAAGCUAACUGCUGUGGGACAGAACGUUGAAAAGAUCAACAGCAGCAACAACAACAAUCAACAACAGCAGCAGCAGCAGCUACCGGCAUGGAAUCAGAGACUCGUCGUACAUAACAACGCCACAAGGUUGCUCUCGGAAUCCGCUGCUUUUCAUUCGAAUGCCACACUCUUACAACAAGCUACCCAGGGAGGAGCCAUCCUCACAACCGAUGAAGAUGAUCUUCCUUCUUUACGCCGGCAGCAAUUACUGACAGAACAAAAGUGUGUCGUAAAAAUUUCCAGCAUCCCAUGGACCACCUCAAUCAAGGACAUUGAAUUGUUGUUUGCCGGUACCGUCAAGCUACCAAAUCAUGGCGGAAAGUUCGACCAACAAUGCGUGCAUGUAAGUGUUAUGUAGAAACGGUUACAGCAGUAAAGCUAACUUCAUUGGCUGGGAUCCCGACUCCCUUGAUAUAACUUUUGAAAUAUAGAUCAUGAUUGACAAAUCCACAGGAAAGACGUUCAAGGAGGCAUACGUAGAGCUGAACACAAUAGAAGACGUUUUCGUGGCCAUUCGAAGAAUCAAGAGCCCAAAUAUCAAAGGUCGCAGGGUAUAUAUUACCAAAAGCACACAGGAAGCAUUGUUCCGCGCUGUGUUUCCAGAAUGGGAUGGCAUGUUCAUCCAUGACAAGCCAACCUUUGUCGAUACGGAACAGGAUGAUGGCGAGGAGAAAAUGACAACAACAACAACAGUUGGAUGCUCUUUGAUG